AUGACCGACACGUUGUUCGUGCCUGGAAGCGAAGCGAGCCACGCUCUCCUGGCACGCGCACACCAGGUCCAUAGACCAACCCUCUCUCUGCUUCCCGCGCAGGCGCGCAGCCACCGGCAGACCGGCUCCACGAGUCCUAUCGUCCACGGACCAGGCCCAGGGAGCGGCAGCCUGGACACCCACCAUUCCCUUCACUGGAGACGAGACGAGGCGAGGAAAUGGGCUGGGUCGCUGUCGCGAAAGGGACCUCUGCUCUGCCGGGCUGCCUCCCCCUCCUCCCCUCCUCUCGUGGCCAGGCCAGCACCCCUGAGACCGCCGCCGGCAAGGGAGGAGAGCGCGUCGGUGCGGUGCCGGAUUGGUCGGAGGAUUUCGGCGAUUCGACCUUUGGACCAAGAACCUCAGCAGCCACCCACAACAUAUCCUACUUUGACUCCUUCUCAGUCAUCUGAAGGACGCACUCAUCGUACCAGUGGUAUUAUCUUGCAUCUUGGAUGUACCACAAUUACCUGCCCCAGGCUUAGCGUACUGGCUUAUCAUUUCAAGACAGCCGUAGACUGUUUCUUUGCUGUAUGGUUUGUUGUUGGCAAUGUGUGGAUUUUUGGUGGGCGCAGUAUUUCAUCCGAUGCUCAGGACGCUCCCAAUAUGUACAGGCUAUGUUUGGCAUUCCUUGCACUUAGCUGUGUUGGGUAUGCCAUUCCUUUUAUCAUGUGUGCAGCAAUUUGCUGCUGCUUUCCAUGCUUGAUAUCUGUUUUGCGCCUUCAAGAAGAUUUGGGUCAAAGUAGAGGAGCCACUCAAGAGCUAAUAAAUGCAUUGCCAACCUACAAAUUCAAGCCAAAACGAAACAAAAACUGGGGAAUGGACCAUGCUUCAAGCUCGGAGAAUCUUGAUGAGGGUGGCAUACUGGGCCCAGGAACUAAGAAGGAAAGAGUUGUUUCAGCUGAAGAUGCUGUGUGCUGCAUCUGUCUUACCAAGUAUGGUGAUGAUGAUGAGCUCCGUGAGCUUCCUUGCACACACUUCUUUCAUGUGCAGUGCGUUGAUAAAUGGCUCAAGAUAAACGCAGUAUGCCCACUCUGCAAGACAGAGAUUGGGGGUGUGGUUCGAUCUUUCUUCGGCUUGCCCUUUGGCCGCCGACGUGUCGAUAGGAUGGCAGGAAGAGGUGUAGCUAGCUCAAGAUUCAACGUAUAGAACAUGUUUUUUCAGUGUUAUCCUUUCUUACACAAAAAGAGCCCUGCUCAUUGUGCUGCUAUGGUUUUAUUGAUUAUUAAGAGAAGCACUGAUCUGCAUUUGGUGUGCUCAAGACGACGACUACAGGUGGAGAUCUGGUGCUUGUAAAGGCAAGCUUCUGUAGUACGUGGAGGUGUUGCUAUAUUCUGAUGUAACCAUUUUCAACAAGGAUGUAAAUAAGGAACAUGAAGUUCACUUGUCAGGUGUAUAUUGCAAGGAACUUCACAGGUGUUCUAUUACUGCCAGUUCUGUGAUUC